GACUCGUUCUCUGAAGCGCCAGACUGAGGAGCAGCUGACACUCUCUUUUUUGCUGCUGCUGAUGCUGCAGCUGCUAAAAUGCUGCGAUUCCCUGUGAAGAAAAUACGAAAGCAGUUCAAACUUCUGCUGCUGCUGGUGCUGCUUACUUUCGCCGUGUGGUUUACGUACCUGCACAUCAACCAGGGCAAAUCCAUCAAACUCCACUUCAACUAUGGAAAAGAUGGUGAGAGGCCGAUGGAGGGAACUGAUACCAGCCGUAAGAGAGACUCACGUUCAUCAGACAAGUACCGUAAAAGCGAAGAUGCCAGCAACAGCCAGGAGGAGGAAAAUGCAAUGACCUAUAUCCCUUUAUCCCACCCGAUUCUACUUAAGUCUCCAAUUUAUCAGCAAGAUCAGCGGCACCCCAGAGAGAGCCCUGCUCCUCCUCUAAAUCAUGAGCAGAAUGAGGAUGGGAUUGAGGUGCUGAAACCAAUUUACUUUAUGGCCCUGGUGGGUGUAUCCUCAUUGGGUUUGCCUUCUCUGAAGAGGUUCCAAGGCUCAGCCAGAGGACAAGGUCAAUGA